CGCACGAUCACACACAACCAGCGUUCAAUUCCGCCAAAAGACUAAUCAUCAGGUCUCUGACUGCUGGAGGAGCGGUAAGCUUGCAUCUCUUUCUGGCAUACAAAGGCCCGUGUAGCCCUCACGAUGCAGUCGAUUCCUCGCCAAUUUCAAGCGGUGUUGAGCCUCGUCGCAAGUUCCAGCCGACCCGUCGCAGCUGGCGCACAGCGAGUCUGCACUUCAGCAGCGCCGAUACAGCGAGAGCGUGCCAUUUCGACAUCCGCAGCAGCUUCUACAAGCACGCUGCGGCCCGCGCAAGAGGAUCGGUCCCCCUUGGAGGACGGGCGCAGAGAUGCGCAAGCCCUCGCUCGAGAAGAGGCAAAAAGCCGCAUUCGGAGUGUCAUGAGAGCUGGUGGACGGCCUGCAAGUGCGAUCAAGGCUGGAGGCUCAGAUACAAAGGCUGCAGGCAGAUCAAGCAAGCGCAGCAAAUCUGAUCAACCAGAGCGAGCCCUUUCACCUACUGUGGAUCCUCGGACGCACCUAUUGAAUCGCAAGCAGAUCGAAAAACUCGUCGUUACAAUCCGAGAAACUCUCAACAGCCCCAAACAUGCGAAUCCUUGGGUCAUCAAGGGAAAGCGACAACAGAAAGAUGUAGAUAUUCUGGAUGAAGACAGUCGUCAGAGGUUGUUGAACAAUUACAAAUUUCAUGUGAGGUGGAAGGUAGAGGCGCUCGGGGCGUACAGGAGAGGAGCGAACGAAAGCCAAGGUGUCUUUCUUUGCUACAUGGAGCCUGUCCCAGACGCGACGUCAGCAGAGCAAAGAAGGCUCACAUCUCCCGGGGAAAGCGAGGCGUUCGGAAAAGGGCAAGCGCUGCAACGAGAAAAGGAGCUGGCGGGCGUUUCGAAAGGUCCUGCGCUGGCCGCGCAAGCCAUGGCAAUGGCUUUCAAGUGGGCCGAGCGCGAAAUUCAUACGCGGGCAAGGGGCGUAGUGCGGAGGGAUGGGCAAAUUCUCUUCAAGGUGCCUCAAGCUCGUAUACCCAUGCAAGUACACAUCGUCGAUGCCAGCUCUCUUGGCUCCGCAAGGCUCCUCUUGACAGGCAACGAGCAUUACUCGAGAUUCUUGCAGCUCAUGGCCGAAGAAGGUAUGGGACUGAGAUUAGACGUACACGGCUUGUGGCAUCACGCUGCGCUCUCACAGCGAGCUCGCGAGGCCAAAAAAGGCACGACAGGCGGCGCAACCCUCUUGACGAGUGAUGGUCAUCUCACAGAAGCCCCUCUUGCAGCGCUCGCUAGCGUCGGCUCGCCGUCAGAGGAAGGCCAAAAGGCAGACGCGAACGACAAGGCAGCGUACAACGCGUCGAUGGGUCUACCGGCCGAUCUAGACUUGUCUCUUGAUCUAGGCGGCGCGCAACCCGUCAGUCCGUCUGCCAAGAGCACAAGACCCGCUCAGGCCGCGAACGUACCUUCCGCCUCGCACGAUGGCGCUAUCACGCUACCUGAGCAGAACAUCGAUCUUUCUGAUCCUGGUUGGAAACGCCUCGGCAUUGGUGCGAGCGAAGCAGAGGUUCUGGACAUACUCGGCUUGGCGUAUCUGGAACCUGCACAACGCAACAUCAAAGGUCCAGCAGACGAGUCUUCACCUUCUGAAUCACCUGCAUAAAGAUCCCUUUCCCCCUAGCCCCAACCUUUUGCGCGCUCCCUUUCAUCUGAUUUCGCUCGCACUGAUGAUUGCUUGCGCAGCAAGCUAAGCUUCACUGCAAGAUACCAAAAUAUCUUGAAAAGAG